CAUCAACCGUUUUAAUGGACCCAUCAGUCGACAUAAGGAAGUUUCUAUGACAGCGAAUAAAUGCAAAAAUUGUCAGUGUGCAAAAUGAAAAAUGACAUUCUCGGUACUAAUACUUUUCUUACUAAAAUUUUAUAUCGUCUCUUCUUUCGAUCCAUCUUCUGUGAACUACUGCGACCACAGCUGCAACGGGGAAAAACAUACAGCGUGCGAGUGCAAGGUUCAGCCACCACGAGAACUUAAUCUUAGAGAUAUGGACGCUUUUCGCCAAAAAAUUAUCGACAUUCAUAAUGAAUACAGGAACAAAGUGGCAUCUGGCCAAGAAGAAGAAGAAAUCAACGAAUUUGUCAAACCAGCUUCUAAUAUGAGGGUUAUGAAUUAUGAUCUGGAGCUGGAAUACAUCGCAACCUGUCUGGCUGGCAAAUUUAAGGAACAUCAUGACCAAUGCAGAAAUAAACAUAAAGGUGACCAAGUGGGUCAGAAUUUAGCUGGAAGUAGCGUACGAAACGAGGAUCUAGGUAAAAUGAUAGCAAGCUGGUACGACGAAAUUAAUGCAGUGGACAGUGAAGCAACUUUAGAGUCUUUUGCUAGUACUAAGAUUGCGCGCUUCACUCAAAUGGUUUGGGCGAAUGCUGAUCUUGUAGGAUGUGCUAGGGUCUGGAACCCUCAAGCACGUAGCUUGCGUUGGAGUUAUAGCCUUAUAUGUAACUAUGGAAGCACGUCUGGAGCUGGAAGCAAUCUAAUAGGGCAAUCGGUCUACAUAAAGGGUGAUGCAUGUAGUGACUGUCCUUCUGGUUUUAAAUGUGAAACUGGAAAAUAUCCUGCUUUGUGUGGCAACCCUUUGACUGCGCAUAGUAUGCGCGCUCUAGCGAUAGAGUCAGGCCAACCAAACCAAAUUUCCAUCAGUCCAUUUGUAAUCGCUGCUUUUCUUGUAAUGAUGUUAUUUUUUUGAAAGUUACCAUUAAAUUUUCA